UAUUAAAAAUUAUUUUUCACGUUUACCUAACUCAUAUAUUAUCAUUAAUUAAAAUGAAUUUCUAUUUUUGUUUUAGAAUAAUACUUUUUGUUGUGUGUUUUAUUCCCAUACCUACGUUUUCAACUAAGUCGCCAAGCUCCAUAAUAAAUAAUAUAGAGCAAGAAAAUCCCAUAGCAUGUUACAUCGCACAAGAAUCAUUUUUAUUAUUAAUCAAAUUUGCUAUUAAUGAUUUGGAAAUUAGUAUUAAAACAAUGGAAAAGAAUGCAAAACAAUUUCAAAUAGAUAUUGACGCUUUGAAAGAAGAACUCAAUGCGGAGGAUAUUGAAUUAGGUGAUGUAAUAAAAUUAGAAUUUCUUAUUAACAGAGUAUUUAAAAACGUACAAAAUUCUGAAAACAAUUUAAAAAAUGACAUUUUGAAGAAAGAUGAAAAUAAUGAGGGCACUGUGACAAAAGAAUAUGCUGAAAAAGAUAUUUUGAAAAGCGAAUUGUUUAAACGAUUACCUAAAAAGAUCCUAGAUUUUGUUCUCGUAAAAUUUACAAAUGACCAAAAUCAAUUCAAUUACAGAGGUCUUAUGUUAAAUUUUCUUAAUUUGUAUCAAAAUAAAAAAUCUGACCAUUUCAUUUUUAUUCCUGAGGAUAAUGAAUGGAAAAUAAAAUUCUGAAACUAGACCUUCUCAUAGUUUAUAAGAAUUUAAUAUAACUUUAUUAAAACUAUUUGUUCCGUGAUAUAUUUAUUCAUAAAUGUUUAAAUUUAUUUUUGGUUAUUGAUGUUCAGAGAAAAAAUUUAUUAUAUUAUUUAUUGUUUAUUAUAACAUUUCUAUAACUAAGUAGCUAUAGAAUUAAAUAAUCAUUAUGAUUACUAAUUGACACAAAUGGCGAAGAACUCUAAAUAAUAAGUUUUACAAGACAAACAAAACAAAGUUCACAAUUCUAUGCUAUUUAAUAAUUUAUUAAUUUUUUGCAAGAGUCCCUUGUCGAAAUUACUACACUUAUAAUAAUAAAAAUUUCUUUGUUUAAUA